UGCCGACGUAUCCAGCGGUAGGAUUGGCCUUGCAGGCCCGUGAAGUUCAGGAAUGGCCAUGGCUGUGAUGAGGGCCAGGAUAAAAAGCCAAGGUGCGUGCCUCAGCCUGGGAAUGCGCUGGCGUUGCUCAUUGCAGUGGCCGAGCACGGAGUCCCUGUCCGCCGCCCACGAGUUUUCGCGAGGAGUUCCCGGUCGGAAGGACCGCAACGGCGCACCGGCCCAAUCUUCAGACUUGUCCACUAACGCAAGCAGAUUGACCCUUUUCGCAUCCUGCGAGCUUAGUGAGGCCAAAGCAACCCUGAAGGGCUUGAAAGAGGAUUCUCGCAGGGCGCAGGUGACAAGCUGGCACCCUGGGCGUGGCGGAGUUGCUUCGCGCGCCAGCCCGCAGCAGGACAGUGGUGCGGAGGACCGGCGCGAUCUCGAGGAGGUGGUCGCAGAAGCCGACAGGGUGCUGGAGGACAACGGCACGGUGAAAGAGACCAAAGCCGUUUUGCGCCGCUGGAGCAGCACGUUGGUCGGGGUUGCAAGAGCGGCGAAAGUGUUGAGCUCAGGAAAAGCGCAGAAGAUAUAUCCAGAAGAGAUGCCAGUGAAGCGCAGAAUUCCCAAAGCAGAGGAUCCCGCCGUCUUCACCACCGACGUGUUCAUCCCCUUGGAUGAAACCAUUCGCAAGCUGGAUGUUUUGUUGCAAGAUGAGAGGGUGGUCUUUCUACGUGCUGGUGUGGCAAGCGGCAAGUCUACAUUGGCGCAGCAUUUGUGUACCACACAGCCGUCCAAGUAUUUUGGAGUCCAUGCCCCACUUGCAAAGGAUGCAACCAUUUUUGAGAUGUGGGAGAGAAAGAUGAGGGCAGCUGUUUGGGGACAAAACUCGAAUGUGAAAGACAAAGACUUGCAAGAUAUGAUAAGAUUGAUCUAUGACAAUGACCAAGUCCUGGUUUUCGAUGAAUGCCACUUGCUCUUUGCUUGCCCCGAGUUCCACGAGCAGUUCCUGAAAAAGCCCUCGUAUCUGAAAAGGCGUCCAAUGGUUCUGCUCUUAUCUGCAGCGUCUGAAGGAACAGAUCAGCAAGGACGGACCUACUUAACACCAGCGGCAGUUCCUGCAAAGUACAUGUGGACUCCCCCAAUCCCACAUGCCAAUGAACUUGUUGAUCAACUUGCUGAGGCUGAUGUCUAUUUGUCCCAGGAUGCGGUUGCUUUCUUCAUGGACUUUUGUGCUGGACACAGAAGUCUAUUCAUAAGAAGCAUGGAAUGGGUGCAGCAGAAGCAAAGCGGGGACAGCACUCGCUGGGAUUUGACUCGCGCACAAGGCGAAGUCAGUCAGGCAUGGGACACAGACAAUUGGACAGAAACCCCAGAUGACAGCUUGAUGGGGAAGCUUCAGACUGUUCGCGCCAUUCGUGUCAACGGAGCUUUUUCAGACCCGCAGAGCAUACCGCAACAAUUUGAGGACAUCUUGUGCGAGGGUCCAACUGCUGGUAUGGACGCGAAUCUCCGGCGCAAGCUCACUUUAGUUGGUUUCACGCUUCCUGUUGUGCCAGCGACUGACAGAAUUCCAGAGGAGUUUACGCCAUUGGAUUGGGCAAAGCUCGGGACAAAAUAUGGCGUCGCCAAUUACAUGAUGGCUUCCUACUAUCGCCAAGCGCUUGCGAAGAAGCGGCAGCUGACAGUGGAUGUGGACAGAAGCCCAACUUCUUGCACAGAUUUGCUCUUGCGAGCGCUGCCAUACUUGCUUUUUGCAGAUGUGGUGGCCAUCCAAGGGGACAAGUUCGGAAUUCGUUUUGAUGUUUCGCAAGAAGAGCUCCCAUUUGAGGUUCACUACACCCAUGCCGCAGUUCGGGAGUUGAAGCGCUUGGUUGGUAGUACAAAUAGUUUGGAGAGCACAAAAAAGGGGAAGGUUGACAUCUAUACUACGUUGGAGGACGGUUCAACUUUCGCCAUUGAAGCGGUCAUGUCUUCUCGGGGAGCAACCAGCAUUGCUAAGCAUCGAGAUCGCUUUGAAAGCGCGUCGAUGACAAACUAUGCACAUGCACAGCACAAGUGCUUGCUGAUCAUUGGCAAAUGUGGAGACAUGAGAGAGAUUGUGGGAAAAGUGCGGGACGGUAUAGAAGUGGUCGGACUUGCGCCCAAUCCAUCGCACACCGGCUACUAUGUCUACGUCAAGCGGCAAGGUGAGAAAGUUGUUGACUUCCACAUCCCGUGCGAUGGAGUUGCAAGAGGGUUCUCCUGGAAGGAUGAAGAACCAUUCUUUGAGAUCAGUUCUGCCCAGAAAUUCAAGUACAUUGAGCCAGGCAGUGCCGCCCCGCAACGACCCCCAGCAGUGUGGGUCUGUCAGCUGGGAAGCCCUGACGGCAAGAACUUCGAGGUCAUUGGCAACCCCUUUCAAGUUAAGGGAGUUUUGGCAAACGUGGAUGAUCUCAAAGAAGGGAUAAAGAACAAGGCGGAGCUCUCAAUUCCAUCGUUCAAAAUGGAUAUUUACAGCAAAGAGGACGGCGGCUGGGUGAAAGAAGAGACGAUGUCAGCAAGUCUGCGCGAGACAGAUGAGGCAGACUGCUAUGGAUUCACGAUUCCAGCUGGAGCUGCUGGAGCCGCAUAGUUUGAGGCUACUGCUGGCUGUGGUCACUGUUCUCGGCUGAGGCAAUGCUGGCGCACAACGUUUCACCUCGUACAGUGACAAAAGCAUGCGUUCGCAGGCACAGUUGUUUCGUUGCAGUGCGACUUUGCUUGACUCCUGAAGGGUAAGGCAGGCA